AUGCCCAGAAUAAUUGCCAUUUGGCAUUCUGCUUUGGCCGGACGGAGGUUCCUGAUAUGCUGCUCGCGACCAGUGAACUUGACGACCGCUUUCUUCCUCCGGCUGGUCGAUGUUCAGGGACAACUGAUUCGACUGAAUCUGUUCCUGCGUUAUCGCCGGUCUCAACAAUCCUUCCCAGUUUCGGUCGCUCCUCUGUUGGUCAGACGGUGGCCCUUGUGGUGGAAAAUGCACUCCCCCAGGAAGACGUGGGACUGGUACCAUGCCUGGUGCUUGUUUUUAUGGCAUCCUACGAUCGACUGGCUGACUCGGGUUCGGCUGCUGAACUUUUUGCUUUAUCGGUGGAACGCCAGAAGUCGGCUGCUGCUGAGCUUGACCCGGACGGCUCUGACCCGAUGUUCGCUAUGCUGCGUUUUCUUUCAUAACUUCUCGCCGCCACUCCGACAUGCAGUCGUUUAUGUCUUUCAUAAAUUGCAUCAUGUCCUGCUGCAUCUGAUGCUUGAAUGCCUCGUACUCCAUGGACAUUCCCAUCUGGUUGAUAUCCGCUCGCCUCACCAGGACUCUCAUCUUGUAUUCCCGGAGGAAUAUGAUCUGACGACGACUCCAUGCCUUCAGGACGAGAUGUGUUUUCCAGUUGUUCUUCUCGGUUGGACUUUGGUCGAGUUAUUGGCGGACUCAUACCCACUGGUCCUCUGUUUUUAA